CUAAAACAGAGGAAGUGAAAAUGUAAAAAAAAAGUAGCUGUCAUUUAUCGGUGCGAUGUCGGGGAUUUUUUACGACACAUUUUCGAAAAAAUUCGAAUUCUGCUAUAAAUAAAGUGAUAACCGUUCCAUGACAAAAUGGCUAUUUGUUUGCGUACAGUGUCGCAUAAAAUACUGCCUAUAAAUGGGAUCGUAUCUACCAAAAGUCACUAUAACCGCUUGGCGAGAAAAAUCCCGAUGCGGACACAAUUUCUAGAAGAUUUUCUCCACCAACGCCGCAUAUCUAGCUGUCAACUAGCACCAAGAUAUACAUCAGAGAACAACAAAGAUGAUGUCUACAUCCCAGAAAUGUUAGUCCGUCAGUCCAAGCAGAAUUAUCUGGACAACAUAGACUUCACUACAGACACUAGAUACUAUGAGAGGAUUGAGACUCACACACUCGGUCUCACAAGUGAUGAUUACAUUGAGCAGAGACUACCGCAAUACACUUUCGGUGUUCCCUGUACUAACAUCAGUGACAUAGAUUUGACAAAAUACAAUAAUGAGGAAAUAGAACCAACAUGUUUGUCUGAUUUCGAACGCGAUGCCAUCGCAUUCUGUCGAGGCUCAGCUCCGGUAGCUUCCUCCUCGCCCGCUACGCCAACAGAACCUAGCAAGGAUGGCAGGCCCAGUGAAGAGCAGCUCGCUAAAGUGUUCCGAACAUUGUCUGAUAAUAUGCCCAACUUAUUUAUAAAACCAUUAGAUUAUUCGAUCUACAAUCCAAAUCUAGUAUUUAUUAAUAACAUUAGAGGGACAACAACUGUAGGGCUAUUCCAUUAUGUAAAACAAGUGGCCCUGUUGAGGACUGUAGGCCACCUUAAAUUUGCCUAUGUAAAAUUGGAAGUAAUGAAAAUCACAUGCCAUCCGGAAGAUUCCACAAUCAAAAUGCGAUGGCGUAUCCGAGGCAUAUCCGGUCUUAAGGUGUUUUUCAUGUUCUGGAAAUACAAGCUGUGGGACAUGAAACAAGUCUGGAAGGACCAGGAGUUGUGGUAUGAUGGAUUCUCCACAUUCUAUGUGGGGGGUGACGGUCUUAUCCAGAAACAUAUUGUUGAUAAGGUGAUGCCAGAUCAAGACACGAUAAUAGAUGAUGAAGAAAAAGCACCCAUAGCAGCAAAGAUUGCCCUCUUGAUUGGACUGCUGCCGCGAAAUUACCUCUCCGACGUGUCGCCGUACUUUAGCUCGUCCUCUGGCACCGUAGAUGUGACGCCUUUGCCUUUCAAAGUUUUAGAAUAAAAUAAUCCGUCAAGUCGCAUUAGAUCAGUUUUGCACUAAAUGAAUAAUUUAGGUUUGCCAUAGGAAUGAUAAUGUCUGUUUUAAAAUUGCCAAUGUAAAAGAAAUCUUAUUAGAAAUUAGUAUUCAGUUUCAAUUUACAAAAAAAUAUUUGAUUUUAAAGUAGAGUAAAUUAAAAGGAAUAAAAAAUACUAAAGGGUAAGCCUAAUGCCUAUAUUAUCAUUUAGACUUAAUGUACCACUUACCACUAGGUACAGUGGGGUCACUUUGCCCCUAUAAAAAAAUGUAUAAUUCAACAAUGAGGGUAUUUCAAAGUUAUUGCAUUUUGCUUCAACAGUUCUAUGAAGUUGAUAUACCGCUUUGUGAGAAUUUAAAUGUAAUAACAUCGUGAUAUAUUCAUUUAGUGUGAAAUAUAAUAAUAUAUAAAUAAUUUAUUGACUUAUCAUAAUACAUACUUUCCAUCUCUUGGCUAUUAGUAUAAUAAUUGAAUGGCCAUGGACACGAUUUAACUUUUAUUCCGAACGAACAAGCGAAAGGUAAAAGCGUUUUAAUCGAAAGCAUUUUGCCUGUAUAUUAGACUUUUAUGAAUUCAUUUUGUUUUCUUUAUUGAAUGAAAUGUUAUGUUUUAAUCGGCUUGUAGAUCAAUUUGGGCGUCCCCGCCGCGCCGUACCGGAAUUACUUGCAAGCGUGCGUCAGUGAUAUUUUGAUAAACUGUGAAUGCCUUGGAUUAGUCUGUAUAGAUAAUGUAUUGAUUAAAUACAAUAAAGAAUUAUGUGAUAAAGUGUA